AUGAUACCACAGACUCUCUUCACAAUCUCCAGCAUCCUCACCAACGGGUUCCGUACCAUCGAUGCCCCGCCCCAGCUCACCGCAACUACCUUGCUCCGCCCGCUCCUCCACGCCGUAUCAUGGCUCUACGCCAGCCUCCUCCUGGAAGACCUUGCUAACCAGCGCCUCCCGGGAUCCGUGGCAGAAGACGCCUUCAACAAGCCCUGGCGCCCCGUGCCGGCCGGCCGGAUAACGCCCGACGAGGCCCGCCGGGCGGCGCUGUAUCUCGUGCCCGCGCUGAUGGUUUUCGGGGGGUGGAGCGGUGUGUUUCGGGAGACGGCGGCCUUCGUCGCCUUUGUCUGGAUGUAUAACGACCUGGACGCCGCCGACACGAGUAUAUAUUGGCGCAACGUGACGAACGGGCUGGGGCUCGCGGCCUUGUCCGCUGGAGCGACGGUCGUUGCGAGCGGGGGGUUGGAGUACUCUCCCCCUGAGAGGGCGGUUGUCUGGAUUUUUGUCACCGGCUUGGUUGUCUCGAACGUCAUGGGCGAUAACGUUCGCCAUGACUACACAAAGAAGAAAGUGACGGGAAGAUUUGCCAUGGUGGAAGUUGCGGCCAUCUUUUGCGCCUUGAUAAGCUCACUCGUCAUGGGCAGCUACAAGGUGAAGGGCCGAGCAUUUGAUCUUUUCAAAGAAUCAUCUUCCGAGUCUUCACCGGGAACUCAUAUUCAGGGAGCCACCGGAGAGGGAUUUUGGGAACCCUCGCCAAUGAUACUCUUCAUGGCAAUGAUUGUGUACGGGGUUGCGACGUCAACUCUGUACCAAAUCAAUCGCGAGGACAAAUAUCAGGACGUGGCACUUGCCGUAGGAGUCACUACUGGUGUGAUCUACGAAGAGCUAUCUGGGGACAGCAUCCUUGCGACCUUGCUCCAUAUAUUUCCUUGGAGCAUCUUGCUCACGCUCUCGGUCAGUCGCAUCGGCCAUCGAUUCUGUCGCUGCAAAUUGGGUUAG